UCCGAGCGCAGCCUGUCGCCUUCGGAAACCGCGCGGAGACAGGAGGAGGCAUAGAAAAAGAAAGCGCUCCUCUGGUGCCUGCCUGCCUCACUGACAGCCAUUAGUGUACACGACCGGGCAGAAGAGAGAAGCGCGUUUCGGAACCGAGACCGAGAAGGCAGCGAAAGUGAGUGUCGUCCUCGUCAAUAAUCUCGGAGUGAGUGAAGCGCGAAGCAGGCAUGGCUUCUUCGGCAACCCUGACAGCGGGCGACAGCAUGACCGCCGAACCGUUCCUGAGACGGGAUCCCCGCACCAUCGAAUGGGCACUGGCCGGCAAUAAGCAGUUCCUCAUCAGCCUGUUCGUCGCGUACGUCUACAUCGUCAAGGUGGGAGGGCCGCGGUUCAUGAAAGGCCGCAAGCCGUACGAUGGCAUCAAGCCGCUCAUCAUCGUCUACAACGCGGCCAUGGUCCUGCUCAACUGCUACUUCGUGGUGGCCUUCCUCUCCAAGUCGUACCUGGGCGGUGGCUACAACCUCCUCUGCCAAGGCAUCAACUACGAGGCCCGCGACGAGGUUACCAUGAGCAUGCUCACCCUCUGCUGGUGGUACCUGAUGGUGAGGAUCGCCGACUUUCUGGACACCUUCUUCUUCGUGCUCCGCAAGAAGGACUCGCACAUCUCCUUCCUGCACGUCGUGCACCACAUCUUGGUGGUCUUCAACGGCUGGUUCGGGCUCGCCUACGGUCCCGACGGCCAGGUCGCGCUCGGCGUCAUCCUGAACAGCUUCGUGCACGUGGUCAUGUACAGCUACUACUUCCUCUCGCUGCUCGGCCCGUCCGUGCAGAAGCACCUGUGGUGGAAACGCUACCUCACCCAGUUCCAGCUCGUCCAGUUCGUCAUGAUUUUCCUGCACACACUGGUGCCGUUUUUCAUCAGCUGCGGCUACCCGAGGCCGCACACCUACAUCAUGCUGUGCGAGGCCGUCUUCUUCUUCGCCAUGUUCGUGCGCUUCUACCUGAAGGCCUACAGCGACAAGAAGGGUCCCAGCAUAAAGGGCGAAGCCGUCAAGAACAAGGCUCACUAAUAGUUUCGACCCGCACGUUAGUCCCACCAAGAUUUGGUUUGAAUACAGAGUAGCGCCAAAAGAGGUCGACCUACAGAGAGAAACGACAAGUGGUAACGCUGCGUCUUUUGUUGUUCUAUUCUGUUUACGAACUCACCUCUCCAUCCUGUGAUAUAGGCGAAAGACUGAAGCACUGUUUUGUUGCCAUCUCAUGGACCAUUUUCUUUAGAUUUGUUUUUUCAACGAAAGAAUAGCGAAUCUCACGCUCUUCGGCUUGAACUUUCAUUCGUAGAUUCCAGUUACUGGCACUCAUAUAGCGGUGGCAUUGGAAAAGUUGUCGUGUUACGCUGCAGGGUGAGAAAUAUCAAGAGCAUUCGUUGGCUGCUAACAGCUCUCGGGCGAAAGAAGCGAUCUAAUUGCAUCCGCAACUUGUCAUGUUGGUGGUGGCAUUUAGUAUACGGUGUCAUUUCAAUAAGGUCGCCACGUCCCAGUAUUUCGUCAAAUAGUCAUCACAUCAUAAUAUCUCAAAAUAAGGCCGAAAUUUAAACGUCCGACAUCGAGGCAGCGUCCGUUUCGCGAUUUCUUUCACAAGAACGCGUAUUUACUAUCAUUUGUGCCUUCAGAAUGGGGCUCCAAGCCACGAGCAGUUCCGGGCAGAGUCAUAUAGGAGCACGCCUCGAGCUGCCUUAACGUUUGCGUAGCCUUCGACCGCAAACGCGAAGUCUUGUGAAACCCUGCUUCCAUCUCGGAGCGUUACAUUUCCAUAAGAGCGUCGUUCUCAUUCUCGCUGAACCAUGAUUCAACGACGUUGGUAGGACGAGAGGCAGUCGGGAGCUAAGUUAUGUAGGAAUGUUGUGUCAGAACGAAUGCCACGAUAUUUAAUGUUGAUUUUUCACGUUUUGUGUGCGCCAGAUGCGUAGACGUCAAUCCUGCGACGCGGUCGUCUUUUUAACGGCUGCUCAUGUAUUGUUACAUUUUUGUUGUUGUUACCGUAUUGUUAUUGUUUGUUGUACAUUUCCUCCCUUGCACUGGUCACUUCAUGUUGUAAAUAAAGUAUUUUUGU